GCCCUUAGCGCUGCAGAUUACCUGGUUCUCGCACGACGCUUUCAUACUGUGUUGAUCUGUAGGGUUCCCCAAAUGAUUGUUUCUGAAGAACAGGUGUCUAACUCCAGCCUUCGACGUUUUAUCAACCUUAUUGAUGUCCUCUACGAUUCUCGGGUGCGUUUGGUUGUAUCUGCAUCAAAGCCGAUUUCUAGUCUCAUAGCCUCUACGGCCACUAAUAUCUUUUCCUCUUCGUUUGUACAACCAGCUAUUCGACAGCUGAUGGAUGAUCUCAAUAUUAGCCAGAUCUCAGCCUUGGGCUUCUGUAUACUCAGACGAUGUUAA